UUGACUAACCCUCAGGACGAGAUGAUCAAAAAGCUAGUCUACUUCCAGGAGGAGUUCGAGUCUCCCUCUGAGGAUGACGUCAAGAAAAUUACUCCCUUUCCGUUGGGAGAGAGCGAAUCCGAUAGUCUGAAAAGGUUCCAACACGUGACCGAAAUGACUAUUUUAACCGUACAAUUAAUCGUUGAGUUCUCUAAACGAGUGCCCGGUUUUGACACACUCUUAAGGGAGGAUCAGAUCACUCUCUUGAAGGCGUGUUCGAGUGAAGUGAUGAUGUUGAGGUGUUCCCGCAAAUACGACAUUAAGACGGACUCCAUAGUGUACGCCAAUAACCAGCCCUACACCAGAGAGAACUACCGAAGCGCUAGUGUUGGCGACUCAGCCGACGCUCUGUUUAAUUUUUGUCGAUCGAUGUGUAUUCUCAAAGUAGACAACGCAGAGUACGCUCUUCUAACCGCUAUUGUCAUCUUCAGUGAGAGACCGUCUCUAUUAGAGCCGAAGAAAGUGGAGAAGAUUCAGGAGUUCUAUAUCGACACAUUGAAAGCAUAC